GGGCCGGGACGGCAGGGGCGUGACCUUCAGAGUGAGGGGCGGAGCCUAUCCGCCCAGUCUGACCCCGACCAUACUGCCUAUCGACCCCCUAAGCACAUGGCGCGGCAUGUGUUCCUCACCGGGCCUCCAGGGGUUGGCAAAACAACCUUGAUCCAGAAAGCCAGUGAGGUCCUGCAGUCCUCUGGAGUGCCCAUAGAUGGAUUUUACACACAAGAAGUCAGGCAAGGAGGGAGGAGAAUAGGAUUUGAUGUCGUCACCCUGUCUGGCGCUCGGGGACCUCUGUCCAGAGUUGGGUCACAGCCUCCACCUGGAAAGCCUGAGUGCCGAGUGGGGCAGUAUGUGGUGGACCUGGCUUCUUUUGAGCAGUUGGCACUACCUGUCCUAAGAAAUGCAGGUCCCAGCCAUGGCCCCGGGCACAGUGUGUGCAUCAUUGAUGAGAUUGGGAAGAUGGAACUGUUCAGUCAGCCCUUCAUUCAGGCAGUCCGUCAGACGCUAUCCACACCAGGCACUGUUGUCCUUGGCACCAUCCCAGUCCCCAAAGGGAAGCCACUGGCCCUGGUGGAGGAGAUCAGGAACAGGCCUGAUGUGAAGGUGUUCAGUGUCACCAAGGAGAACAGAAAUAGCCUCUUGCCGGAUAUUGUGACCUGUGUGCAGAGCAGCAGGACCUGAAGCAGUCCCUGACAAGGUCCAGCUCUGCCUGCUGGUCACUGCCUGGCCAGGCUCUCUGUCAUCUUGUGAAUUGUAUGACUAGACCUCACCCUCUCACUGACAUGUAAUUGUCACAAACUGACACGCCCUUCAGCGACUACUACUCCGACAGAUGAGGGUCAGUGUCAGGGAGCAAGUACACAGAUCUCAGAUGCAAAUCCUGGCACUAUAAGGAACGUCGAUGAAGGGGCAUUGGGUCUCUAAUGGAUUCGGAUGUGGGUCCUGACUUGAGGAGUUCGUGUUGCAAAAGCACAUUGAUGUACAUGUUGCUCACAUGUAGGUCUGCCAGAAUGACAUGGUACGACAUGGUACGACAGGAUGAUGGAGCACCAGCUGGACAAAGACUGACGAUGCCCUUGCUGCCUCCCACUUAGCAGGUCAUACACGGGCCUCUCCUCACCCACUGGCUUGAAAAUCAUUUCUUUCUUGUCUCUGAAUGAAGGUAAUAAGCUCACGUGUGGAGGCAACAUGGCUUUUAAAUAGAUAACAGAGAAUCCCCCAGGCUCUCCUGGUAAAUGGAGAGGCUUCCAGGAAAAACUGCAAAUUCAUGGAAGGUUCUGGGAACAGUGAGGUGACCCUGUCCUCCUCCCACCAAGACUGGUGUUCAUAGAGGAUAGGGCUGACCAGUAUGUGCCACCUGUUCGUGCUGUGACACAGGGACUUGGCACAGAAUGACAUCAAGUGGGAAGUGGCUGCAUAAACAGACUGCACACCAUUUCAGAGGCAGAGACCCUGGAGCAGCCACUGAUUUUAAACAAGUGUGUGCCAGACAUGGAUACUACAGCACAUGGCAGGGUUUAUAGCUGGUACCUAAUUAGCCAUGAUAUACGCACAGCCAAGUGUUGCAGUUGUUAUAUUAUCUUUAGGAGAGAAAUGCUUUGGUUUAGUGUCAAAUGCAUUUAGACAGAUGUCAGCUGAACAUUUGAGCCACCCUGGCAGGAAGUGCCAUAGAGGCCUGUCUCAUAUUACCACCAGAGUGAGGAAGGCUUUAGGAUACAGGGAGGCCUACUGGGAGGACCUGGGCAACAUGUCUACAUAGAAGUCCUAUAAUUAAAUUCAAGUGUGUACAAAUCCCUCCCCCCAGGGCUCACAGAACCCUGCAGAAGAGGAAGCAGGAAGAGUGUAAGACCCAGAGGGCAUGGAGGACACCAAGAAAACAAGGUCAUCUAAAUCAACAUGAGCAAAAUUCCUAUGAACUCACAGAGACUGAGGCAGCAUGCACAGGGCCUGCACGGUUCUGCACCCUAACUCUACAUACAUAUUAUGGAUUUCCAUUUUAGUGUUUUCAUGGACUUCCUGGGUGUGUGAACAAGUGGGUCUAUGGCCUUUGUGCCUUCUCUCAGGCUCUUUCCUUCUGUUUUGUACAAUUCCUAUGUGUUUUUGUUUUAUUUUAUUUCAUUUUAUUAUCCCUUAGAAAGCUCUGGAUGAGAGGAGAGGUGGAGAGAAACGGAGAAGUAGGGAAGGGGAAACCAUAAUCAAGAUAUGUUAUGUAAUAAAACAUCUAUUUUCAAUAUUUAAAAAAAGACCAGAGAUGUAACUCAGCAGACAGAGGCUUGCCUAGCAUGAGGAAGCCUUGGGUUCCAUCCCCAGCACCACAUAAACUAGGCAUGGUGGUGCACACCUAUAAUCCCAGCAGUCAGGUGGACCCAGCACAAUCAGCAGUUUAAGGUCGUCCUUGGCUACCUUACAAGUCUGAGGUCUGCCGGGGCUACAUGAGACCCUAUCUCCUGCCCCCCUAAUUAUACAAUAAACAAAAAGUGAGGAUCACA